CCGAAACCUCGGUCUAGGGACAACUAGGUCACGUCGUAAACAAUCACGUAUUCUCUUACGUGACGAUCGACACGCCUCCUAGCCUAAUUAGUUUAUUGGCAAUCUGUGAUAACAAUGGUGAAAUAAUGCAGAAAAAAGCAGAGCUGAUAAGCGCUAUGGCUCUCUUACAAUUAACCUUACGGCAUCAACAAAUACGGUGAUCAAAAAUCGUGGGCCCAAACCUCGAUUGUGCUGUAUGGAGCUGAAAAAACGUUCUCGAAAAAAUGCAAAAAGAUGACUAAAAAUUCGGUCAGGAUCCUUAUCACACACAGACGAGAGGUGAAGUUCAUCAUAAAAGCUAUUUCUCCUUGCUUCGGUCUCCUCAGUGCUGAGGGUCGUGACCUCCUACGUGGACCACAUGAUUCCGGAUGGCAGAUUUACAAGAUUUCCGAUUCCUUGCGACUUCUAUGGAAUCACGGACCUUGAAGUCAUUAUUUUAACGACUCCAUUGGCAAAGUUAAGUCUACUGCUACUACUACUUUGCAGAAGUUGGAAAAGUUAAGUCUUAGCUACAGGUUGUGACCAAACGAUGCUUAUUUUCUAAUAGAAAUUAAAAAUCUUAGAGACUUAAAUCAGCAAAUUAAUUGUCACUAAACUGAAUAAAAAUAUAGCGCCUAGCUAGGGCAUAUAUCGAACUACACGACUCAAAUUUCAAACAACGUAAAUUAUUUAUCAUCUCAUCGAAUAUACUUAAAUAGUGGUUUGCUCCUAAAAUUUGAAACAGUUGUAAAUUUAAGCCAUGAUUCUAAGUACCCAGAAACACCGCGAACUCAUACAGAUCCGCGAACUGUCUUAGCAUAGAUAAUGAAUGCGAAUCGAGACUAAGUUGGGUGCAACGCACUAGACGCAUUUAGACGGGCUUCCCCGAACCCCCACCCGAAAUACUUAGUACUUGGGGGGCGACUUCCUGACCGUUCCCGCACUAUAUAUAUAAAGCUGAAUCGGGACCGCUUCAGUCGUUCAGGAUAGCUCGAGCGGAGAGCAUUGUGCCAAAUCUCAGCUUCCCGAGUGAAUCGUGUCAACAAAGUAUUACAAUUUUUCAUCAGCAAAUCAGAAGUGAAGUUUAAGUGUUCCAAGAUGCUGGACAAAUCUGUGCUGGGUGCUAGUUGGGAGAGCGUGGUGUCGAGGGAUGACUACGAGAUCGACUACAGUCCGAGUCCGAGAGGGUCUCCGUUGAAGGACACAUCCAACAUCCAGGAGGAUCAGACGUACUGCAUCAGCCGUCACAACCCCAACCGCACCUUCCGUCGAGAAUCAGUCAUUGCCUCUUGGAAGAGUUUGAAAAAAGAGAGAGAGCAAGCUUUGGGAAAAAGGAUUGUCUACGUAGACGCAGAAAACUUCGAAGAUUACUACGGAAGGAACAAGGUUAAGCGUUGCAAGAGCGAGAGGACAGCAGUUAGAACGGACAGUGUCGUGAGAGCUCCUAAGAAAGUCAAAAGGACGUAUUCGGUCCUAUACAGAUAUGACCCUAAUGAAGAGAAAGUAGUCAAAGAGUACAAAUACCAACUGCCAAAGGAGCAAGAACCAGUAAUGCCGGUCAGUUCGGCGAUGCACAAAGCUUUUUCGGAACCUUUCCUAUGCCCCGACAGGACACCAAAGAAGAAAGUCAAACGUUCUUUCACCACCCUUCUGAACAUCAAAACGAAAUUCUUAAACAUAUUCACUUCGAAGAGUUAAACUUCUCCUGUAGUUUUAAUUGGAAUAGUUGCUCAAUUCAAUGCAUUUUGAUUUAAAAUGUAAGAGUUCUCAGAGGAGUUGAAAUUGUGAUCGUUUAAUUUCUAGUCAUAGAUUGGCGUCAAAGGACUGUAAUUGUAAUGUAAUAAUAAGAUUAUUGGAACAUUUUAAUGGCGGUCCAGAGGCUUUGUCGCGGAGUAAUCCUUUUUAAUCCGGAGUUGAACCCUUUUGAGAGCCGUGGUGGGGACGAUACUUUGCUAUAUUUAAUGUUUUGUGUUCUGGCCAGUUUCAACCCAAAUUUAAUUAAGUAUAAGAUAGUAUUAAGUGGUAUUUUAAAUAUGCUUUAUAUUAAAGUUACUUCUGCGAAAUGGAGUACACAAAAGAGCUAUUUGAUAUUCGUUUAAAACACUAAGUAAUAUUUUCUUUCAGCACAGACUAAUAGUAAUUAUCUUAAUUGACGGACAGAGGUUUCGCAGAAAUAAUUAAGUAUAGAAAAUAAUAAGGUAGUGACGCGUACCAAUUGUAUUUAAUGCCAUAAUAGAUGUAUAAUGUGAUAUAUUCGUGUGUUGUGAUAAUUAUAAAUAAAAUAAUUUGAUUGUGGUUCAUAAAUUGUAAUUCAUGUUACAUUUUUUGAUACCAAACUAUACUAGUCUCGUAACAUAUUAUUUUAUUAAAGUCUUACUUUGUA